AGUGCUAAUUCAAGUGUGUUUUUUCCUGAACAUUUUACAGAGCAUUUGUCCAAACACAGAACUUGCUGACUGGUAUCGGGGCCGAACAUUUAUGUCCGGCGGGUUCGCAGGAACACGAGUCAAUCAUGGACAUCCCCACUGCCCCCGAAGAUCAAGAGCUGAGGAAUGUGAUUGACAAACUAGCCCAGUUUGUAGCUCGCAAUGGGCCAGAGUUUGAAAAGAUGACGAUGGAGAAACAGAAAGACAACCCAAAAUUCUCAUUCCUCUUUGGUGGAGAGUACUUCAGCUACUACAGAUGCAAGCUUGCCAUGGAACAACAACAGCAUCCCUCUACCCACGAUGGAGAGGAAUAUAAAUCUGAAGAUUUGUACAACCCAGGUGCCAAAGAGGUGGCUGAUAUCCUUCCACAACCGAUGGCGAUGAUUGCUCCUCCUCCUAUCCUUCAACCUGCUGUACCGGCUAUCGAUGAGCUAAUCCAGCAGAGUCAGUGGAAUCUGCAGCAGCAGGAGCAGCAUCUGCACACGCUCAGACAGGAGCAAGUGACUGCAGCCAUUGCUCUGGCUAUGGAGCAGCAAACCCAAAAACUGCUGCUGGAGUCUCAGUUGGACAUCACAGAGUUUGACAACUUGUUGCAGCCCAUCAUAGACACCUGCACCAAAGAUGCUAUCUCUGCUGGUAAGAACUGGAUGUUCAACAACGCCAAGACUCCACAGCACUGUGAACUGAUGACAUCGCAUCUCAGUAACCGCAUCAUUGCUGAUGGGGCACAUUUUGAGCUCCGUCUACAUCUCAUCUACUUAACCAAUGACGUUCUCCAUCACUGCCAGAGGAAGCAGCAGAAGGAUUUGUUGGCAGCACUGCAGAAAGUUGUUGUUCCCAUCUACUGCACCAGCUUCCUGGCAGUGGAAGAAGAGAAGCAGCAGAAGAUCACUCGGUUGCUGCAGCUGUGGGAGAAGAAUAGCUACUUUGAUGAUGAAACCAUUCAGCAGCUCCAGAAUCCAGCACUGGGCCUUGGCCAGUAUCAGGCUUCUCUGAUAACAGAGUAUGCUGCAGCGGUGCAGCCCAUCCAGCUGGCCUUUCAGCAGCAGAUCCAGGCUUUGAAAACGCAGCAUGAAGAGUUUGUUGCAACCUUGAAGCAGCAGCACCAGCAACCGCAGCAACCACAGCCUACUCCUGUAGCACAGCUAGCUACCCCCACUGAGCCUGAAAAGGCCCCACCUAUGACCACACAACCUGGGGAUGUGAAGCCUGCCAUGUCAGGUCCUCCUUCAGGAGAGUUUGAUGGUGCCUCCUCCAGACCACAGGACCCCAGCAACCCCAGUGGACCCUCAGACAUCCCCCCCAACAAGCCUGCAUGGUUUGAGCCCCAGCACAUUGGCCCCUGGAACCCCAACCAGCCGCCACCUUUUGACCCAAACCAGCCCCCACCUCCUUGCCCGCCCUGGAACAGCCAUGAGGGGAUGUGGAAUGAACAGAGGGAGCCAGGGAACUGGAGCGGAGGUCCACCCAGAGAAGGAGGCCCCUGGAGUGGUCCAGGUGGGUCUGAACCAGGCCCUCCAUCCUGGAACUCAUAUGACCAGCAGCCACCAUGGGGGAACCAGCCCGACCAGCCCCCUUGGGGCCAGAGGGAGCCCCCAUUUCCUCCACGCAUGCAGAGACCUCCCCAUUUCAGAGGGCCCUUCCCUCCCCACCAGCAGCCACCUCCUUUCAACCAGCCCCCUCCACCUCCACACAAUUUUGGACGCUUCCCGCCACGGUUUAUGCAGGAUGACUUCCCGCCCAGACACCACUAUGACAGGCCACCGUACACCCCACACCGCUUUGACUAUGCUCAGGGAGAGUUCCCUGGAGACAUCCCAGGCCCUCCUCCUCCUCCUCCUCCUCCUCCUCCUCCUCACCACCAUCCCAAUCAGAGGCUCCCUCCCCCAGGCAUGGCGGCUGAACAUCCUCCCUGGGGUGGAAGCCAGCACCAAGAUUUUGGCCCACCCCCACACGGCUUCAAUGGCCAUUCUCCACACGUUCGCCAUCGGCAGACUCCGGUGCAAGAUGACCCAAGUCUGGUGCCGAAUGUACCCUACUUUGAUCUACCAGCUGGUCUAAUGGCUCCACUGGUUAAACUUGAGGACUGUGAUUAUAAACCUCUGGACCCUAAGGACAUCCGACUGCCCCCUCCCAUGCCACCUAGUGAUCGGCUGCUUGCUGCUGUGGAAGCUUUCUACAGUCCUCCAUCCCAUGAUCGUCCUCGGAACAGUGAAGGCUGGGAGCAGAACGGCCUGUAUGAGUUCUUUAGGGCCAAGAUGAGAGCCAGGAGGAAAAAAGGACAAGAGAAACGCAACAGUGCUCGCGGUGGCAGUCGUUCUAGGAGUCGCUCUCACAGCAGAGGAAGGUCUUCGUCUCACUCCAGCUCUCGCUCUUCUAAGUCAUCAAGGUCACGAUCCCGCUCAUCUCGUUCCCGCUCCCGCAGCCGCUCCCGCUCCUACUCACGAUCCAGGUCCAGGAGUAGAUCCAGGUCAUCUCGGAGUCGCUCUCACUCCAGGUCCAAAUCCCGUUCAUGCUCACCCGGCAAGAAACGCCAUGGCCCCAAAUCCUGCAGCUCCUCUCCUCCCUCCACAUCAGUGCUUGGUGGUACUCCCUCCAAACUGCCAACAGAUAACAGGCUUGGGGAGGAGAACAAGGGCCAUCAGCUGCUGAUGAAAAUGGGCUGGAGUGGUUCAGGUGGUUUGGGGGCAAAAGAACAGGGCAUCCAGGACCCCAUCAAAGGAGGAGAUAUCAGGGAUAAAUGGGAUCAGUACAAAGGUGUGGGUGUGUCAUUGGAUGACCCUUAUGAGAACUAUCGCAGGAACAAGAGCUACAACUUUGUCGCCCGCAUGAAGGCACGAGAAGAAGUGAACCGGGAACCUCCGGAAGCCCCUCCAGCUGAGUGAUGCCAUCAAAUGGCACCAAACAACCUCCUCAUCUUCUCAAUCGCCACCCCCAUCAGGGAUCUGAUUUUCAGAUGUCCGACCAGGAUUCUAGUCAGCAGUCCUAAAACCCUUCUCCUACUGCAGAAACCAGAGUGACAAUACAAAGUACCACCACACUUGUGAGGUUUGUGAAUAAGUGCAAAGUCUUUUUGCUUAGUUUAAGAACUUGGGCUAUAGGAGAAAGCAUCCAAACUGCAGAUGGAGCAGUGAUCACUAACUAACAAAUGUUUAACUCAGCAGGGACACUGGAACUAGAGUCUAAUACUAUGUAUAUUUCACUCUAAAUGUUAGGAUAUGAUUUUUUUUUCUCUAAAAGUGUCUCAGAGGAUUGAGACUGUGACUCAAUGUUUAAUAACUGCAAAAGAUAAAUGGGAAACUCAUUGAAAAAAAAUGCGAAUACUAAAAGUGAAAUGCUUUUAAAAGGGCAUGGACCCGUUGUAAUGUAUUCACACAUGUCAACAGCUACAAGUAUGUAAAAUUAUUUUAAUUUGGGGUUUUAAACCGCUCUCAAUCUUGCGUUACUAAAUGAUUCGUUCACCCAUAGCAGGAAAAUGUGUUUCCAUUGAAGUUCUUGGUUUUAUUUACAGAGAAUUUCGAAAAUUACGUAAACAUUUAAAAUGGCCAACUCAACUGUAGUGUUGAGUAAGUAUUUUGUUUUGAAUGAAAAGUCCUGAUGAAAGCCGCUCACUGUGUGGGGUGUUGAAGAUUGUAUUGGUUGAUAAAUCAUAAUUUCUGCAUUGUGUGUGAACAAACUUUUUGAGGGAAAACAUUUCAACAAGGUCUGGUUGCUCUUGUUGGCUUUUCACUGCUGAUUGGUGUGAUAUUUGUUCAUGUUAUGUCUUCUUCCAUAGAGAUACACAUGUCUGUCAUUUAGUUAUUGUAUUAAAGCCAACUAAUACAUACGAAAUCCGUUGUAUUUUCUCUAUAAACAUACCCUAAAUAAACAGAGCUC